AUUCAUCAAACAAGGUCCCACAACCCACUCUAUUUCGAGAAAGUUAUCUAUGAGGCGGAUAUCGACAAGAAUUUGGAAAUCAAUCACAACUUUCUUAACGGCACCGCAAAGACGCACGGUGGGGCGUCCGGUGUACGAUGCAAGAUCUCGAGCGGUAACGAAGGCAAUGUGUAUGAGAUACGCAACACAACCGGCGCCCUGUACGUAGCCAAGGCGUUGGAUUAUGAGAAGAUCAAAAAGUAUGAGCCACGGUUGAUGGCCUCGGAUAAUUUUAAGGAGAACUGCACCACCCUUAUGAUCUACGUACGCGCUGUAAACGAAAAUCCACCGGUGCUUGAGAAAUCGUCAUAUCGCACACAAAUCACCGUGGAAGUUGACAGAGGUCUGCCGAAGCGUGUGCUGCGGGUUACCGUUUCGGAUUCGGGCGUGGAGCGGCCGAACAGCAUCAUGUACUUCCUGACUGGGCCCGGUGUUCACAAAGAAAAUCCCUCCGACAGCAACUUUGACAUCAACAAGUCCACGGGGCAGGGGCGGAUUAAGCACUACGUAAACUAAGCGUGGAAAGGGAAAAAGAAAAAAAGGAACCCAUACCCUCGCUGGUAAAUUGGUUUCCAAUCGUUUUUCUUGCAAAGAAAACCUCAUACAGCGUCUCGCUCAAUACUUCAGAAAGGCUUACAUUUGUGCGACCGCUUAGGGCCUCCACUCGUGUUAAUCCGCCACUGCCACGGGGGAAAUAUUUGUGAUUAA